CCGGGGGUUGUUGCCGGCCUGGGAUAAGAUGGCGGCCUUGGACAGGGUCAAGGUGCUGGUGUUGGGUGACUCCGGUGUCGGGAAGUCUUCGCUUGUUCACCUCUUAUGCCACAACCAAGUGUUGGGAAACCCAUCCUGGACAGUGGGCUGCUCGGUGGAAGUUCGAAUCCAUGACUACAAAGAGGGGACUCCAGAAGAGAAGACCUACUACAUUGAGCUGUGGGAUGUUGGAGGUUCAGUGGAUGCUGCCACGAGUGUGAAACGCACACGAGCAGUAUUUUAUAAAUUGCUGAAUGGGAUAAUAUUAGUGCAUGACUUAACCAACAAGAAAUCAUCCCAGAAUUUGUAUCGCUGGUCUUUGGAAGCACUCAACAGAGAUGUUCCUCCAACAGGAGUUCUUGUGACAAAUAGGGACUAUGACCGUGAACAGUUUGCUGAUAACCAGAUUCCACUGCUGGUAAUAGGAACUAAUCUGGAUCACAUCCCAGAAACUAAGCGGAAUGAAGUUUUGACCAGAACAGCUUUCUUGGCUGAGGAUUUCAAUGCUGAAGAGAUUAAUUUGGAUUGCACCAAUCCUCGUUUCCUAGCUGCAGGUUCAUCCAAUGCUGUCAAACUAAGCAGGUUUUUUGAUAAGGUCAUAGAGAAGAGGUACUUCUCAAGAGAUGGCUCUCAGUUCUGCAUGAUGCCUUUUUCCUCCUCUCUUCCAUCCUCCCUGCGUUAUGAAGGGAAGUCUCUCCCUUCCAUGGAGAUGAUAGCUUAAUGCUAGAAAUCUGCUUGUGUGCUGGUUGUCCUUGAUACAUGAUAUUCCUGGCUUCUCUGAAAAGAAAAGAUUUGGAGGAGGAACACUGAAGAGCCAUCAUUACUGAUUGAACACUUAAGAAGUGGAAGAUGACCUCUCAGAGUUCCAAACAACAUUCCUAUUCCGACUGGAUGCUUAAAGACAAUGAUGCUUAUAUCAAGCAGAAUAAAAUUAUAUAGGCUGCUGAAGCUAUUUUUGCUGGAAAAGACUUAAAGAAAAAUUCCCAAAAAUUUCUAAA